AUGGUAUACCUACGCGUUUUUUUCCAUCUGUCCGUUUGGAGCUCACGGCGAAUCUUUUUGACACUCCUGCUGAUCGCGUGCCUCUCCGUUCACCCCGUUACCAGCACACGUUCGCACGCAAGAAGCUACCAGAAUGAUCACAUCGCCGUUCAUAACAGAUUAGGCCGGCACUUUCACCGCCGACAACUCGUCGACGAGGAUAACACUGCCAGUGACCGUUAUCCUGACGCGGACUCUGUUUUUGAGGCGCCUCAAAAACACCGCAGACAACUCGUCGACGAGGAUAACACAGUCAGUGACCGCGACGCGAGUAGUAGAUUUAGCGACCGUUACUACGAUCGCAACCACGAUCGCGAUUACGAUCGCCGUCAACUGCGCGUUAACGAUCUAGCCGACGGUCGUCCGGUUGACGGCCGAGCCGCCGGCAGUCAGGUUACUGACGGCCGUCACGAUUUCGGUCAACGCCGCCGGCAGCUCUACGAGGCUGACGCCGCCAUUCGCGCUCUGCACCAUCACCACCUCCCAAGCGGCGGCGGCGGCGGCGGUGACGGCGGCUCCGGGAGUGACGCGAACGUGGAGGAAGAAGCGUUUUCUUCGUCCCUUUGCUGGAGCGUGUCAGAGCGACGCUACUACCAAUCGCCGUACAGCACGGCGACGCGCAUGUCAGACGCGCUGUUCGAGCGCAUCCAGCGCUACACCAAGACGCACGCCGCGUGCACCGCUGCCGUCGCCGACUGGCCGGCCUUUUUCAACGACCCCGCGCAAGGGCUCAGCAACAGCAGCGGGGCAGCCGAUGCGGCCGCGGACUGCAAGUACCUGCUGUGGCAGGAGCCCACGUUCAACGGACUGGGAAAUCAACUGCUAUCGCUCGUCUCGGCCUUCAUAUACGCCCUUCUCACCGACCGCACACUGCUAAUCAGCCCUGCAGCGUUCAACGCGCGUCUCCUCUGCAACCCCUUCCCCCACUCCUCCUGGCGACCAUCCUCCCUUUCCUCUGAUGACUUCGAUCUGAUGGCAGCAGUGGCGCGGAAUCACAUGGUGGGGCGCAUGGUGGGGAUGGACGAUGGGGCGAGAGGGGGCGACGAGGAGCAGAGGCACCCAAAUGCUGCUUUCAGCGACCUCAGCUGCAGAGCCAACGUCUCAGAUCUCGCGUUCUACUGCUCCAAGGUGCAGAGGCAGAUCUCGGCCGUCCGUUUUCUGGGGUUCGAUACAGAGGAGUACAUCGUUCCAGCCCUCUACUUGGUUCCUGAAUUCGAUGCUGAGCUAGCACGGCUGUUCCCCGACCGCCUGCCGCUGAUGCACGUGGGGCGCUACCUGCUGCACCCCGCCAACUACCUCUGGGAGGAAAUCACCCGCGCCUUCCGAGCCUACCUCGCCCCGUACCAACACAGGGUCGGCAUCCAGAUCCGGGACUUCACUACAGACACUAAGGACGAGCCGCAAGUGAUUCAGCGCACGAUGCAGUGUGCUGUGAACAUAUCCAAGGGGCUGCCUCCGCUGAUGGGGCACGCGCGGUGGAAGAGCAUUAUGAACGAAGAGGUCGCCCCGACCGCCGUGGAGCUGCAGUGGCUGGAUGAACCACGGGAUAAGACCUAUGACAGCAGCAGCAGCCCUCGCAGCAUAGGCGUGUUAGUGGCGUCACUGAAACGCACUUACCAAGACGCCAUCCGGGAUGCGUAUGUGGAGGGGGUGCCUCUGGGGGGCCACGACGUGGCGGUGGCCAGUCUGAGCCACGAGUCAGGGCAGACGUAUGGCGAGGAGAGACAGCUGGAGCUGGCACUGAAAGAGAUGUGGCUGCUGUCCAUGUGUGACCUGCUGCUGGUGAGUGACAGUUCCACCUUUGGCUACAUGGCAGCUGGACUAGCAGGAGUGAGCCCCUUCUCCCUCAACAUUGUGCGGCGCAUGGGCGCUGACUGGGACGUCAACGGGCGGGCGGAGUGUGAGGUCACCACACCAGAGCCCUGCUACCUCUCCAUGCUGGAACCACAACAACAUGAAAUCCAGGUGCGUGUGUGCAAAAACACCAUCCAAGACUGGGAACGAAACAAUCAGUCAGAGUGUGAGGUCACCACACCAGAGCCCUGCUACCUCUCCAUGCUGGAACCACAACAACAUGAAAUCCAGGUGCGUGUGUGCAAAAACACCAUCCAAGACUGGGAACGAAACAAUCAGUCAGAGUGUGAGGUCAUCACACCAGAGCCCUGCUACCUCUCCAUGCUGGAACCGCAUCAAUGGCAGGUUCAGGUGUAUGGUGUUUACCGAGACAGAGCCUUUUCUGCAGCCGAUUCACGUGAUUCUUGUGUACUCCAUUCUGUCCCACGCUGUGGAAUGCACUCUUCUUCCCAUCCUCAACCUCCCCACAACUCAUCCUCUUCCCUUUGCCUCUCCUUUUCUCCCCCUCCCUUCCCGUUUCCCCCCUCUCGUUUCCCCCCUCUCGUUUCCCCCCUCUCGUUUCCCCCCUCUCGUUUCCCCCCUCUCGUUUCCCCCCUCUCGUUUCCCCCCUCUCGUUUCCCCCCUCUCGUUUCCCCCCUCUCGUUUCCCCCCUCUCGUUUCCCCCCUCUCGUUUCCCCCCUCUCGUUUCCCCCCUCUCGUUUCCCCCCUCUCGUUUCCCCCCUCUCGUUUCCCCCCUCUCGUUUCCCCCCUCUCGUUUCCCCCCUCUCGUUUCCCCCCUCUCGUUUCCCCCCUCUCGUUUCCCCCCUCUCGUUUCCCCCCUCUCGUUUCCCCCCUCUCGUUUCCCCCCUCUCGUUUCCCCCCUCUCGUUUCCCCCCUCUCGUUUCCCCCCUCUCGUUUCCCCCCUCUCGUUUCCCCCCUCUCGUUUCCCCCCUCUCGUUUCCCCCCUCUCGUUUCCCCCCUCUCGUUUCCCCCCUCUCGUUUCCCCCCUCUCGUUUCCCCCCUCUCGUUUCCCCCCUCUCGUUUCCCCCCUCUCGUUUCCCCCCUCUCGUUUCCCCCCUCUCGUUUCCCCCCUCUCGUUUCCCCCCUCUCCCCAUCUUCUCCACCUCGCCUUGCGUGUGGGACACCCCAAACAUGCCGUUUCCUGAAUCAACAAAUUAUCAUGACCACUCCACGAACCAUCAUCACCACUGCACCUGCUACAGUGUCCUGGAGAGCCUCCCAAAUCGCCUGUAG